AUGAUCAGCGCCGACUACCCGCAAACGCAAACCGCGUUCAUCUUGGCAAUCCAAGUGCCCACGAUUGCGCUUGUGUUACUUGCUGUUGCGGCGCGCUUCUUCGACCGCGCCUACUUCACUCGCGGUUUAAUGGCCUCGGACUGGCUCAUCAUCCCUGCUGCAAUCUUGGUCGCUGUUUGCAACGCGGUUUUUCUUGUCGGUAUCUCGUAUGGGAUGUCAUGGCACCUCUGGGUUUUGAACCAGGAUCAACUGGUGGCAAUCAUGAAGGUCACUUUGGCAUACCGCUCCAUCUUUGGUGUCGCUGCUGCCUUCAUCAAAGUCUCGAUAUGCCUCACCUACAUACACUUGUUUCCCCGAAGCAAGGUCAACGUAUGGUUUUGCCGCGGCACAAUCGCGUACUGCACCAUCGCCGGGAUAAUUCUCCUUGUCCUUUCGACUUUCGCCUGCCGUCCAAUCUCGGACUUCUGGAGCCCGUACCCCAAACCGAACAGUUGCCAGCGCAAGGAGGAAAUACUCACGACUGCCGUGAUUCAGAAGGCCACCAGUGAAGCAAUCGUCUUCAUAUGGCCGGUAUACUUCAUCUGGUCUCUGAAGUUGUCACGAGCCGUCCGCCUACAACUGAGCAUUCUGUUCUCUCUCGGAAGCGUAGUUUUCGUUCUUGGAAUCGUCAAGGUCUGGUACCUGUGGUAUUCUUAUCACACAAACGAUGACCCGAUCUGGACCUCAGCGCGCUUCUGCCUCCUCGAAACCGUCGAGAUCAAUCUCAGCCUCGUCUGCGCCUGUCUGCCUCACAUCAAGCGCAUCGUCAAGAUGCUGUGCUGCUUCCAGCUCCACCGCCGCAACGACGUCGAGCGUCCCCAAGCGAACAACCACAACGUCCUCGUCGCCGCCCUCCAGCGCAAACCCAGCGCCAUCGACCUCGACGCCGACGCCGACAACAUCCACCGCCCCGCGGCCGCCGCGCUCCCGCUGCUCCCUCUGCCAGCCCACCGCCGCGGCCGCCGCGCCACCGCCCCGUCUUCACUUCCGGACACCUGCACCGCCUCCAGCCGACCAGCAGCGCCUCGCUCCACGACCCUGGCAUCGCUCCCCACCGCCGCCAACGCCAGCAUGCCCGACGCCCCACGCGCCCACCUGCGCCCGUCCUCGCCCCUCUCCUCACCGCACUCCUUCCGCCCCCGCCUCCUCGCGCCGCGCGUCGUCAGCCCCCCCGCCGACUUCGACGUCACCUCCACCAUCGACGCCAUCUACCGGUCCGGCAGCAUCUGGACGUCGUCCCGCGACGACGCUGCUGCUGCUUCCGCCUGCGCCCCGCUGCUGCCACCGCCGCAGCAGCCGCAGCAGGAGCAGCCGUAUACGCCCCGAGACAAGGUGCAGAAGGUCAAGGGGGAGGGGCGGAAGGCUCAUGCUACGCCCCAGAAGCAGGGCACGCCGACGCUGCCGCGCUCGCCGGGCUCCAUGGACUUGCGCGAUGCGCUGGCGUUGGCGGUGCCGUUGCGGUUGCGGCGGGCCGGGCCGCCGCCGAGGUACCGUGGGGAGGUGUCGAAGGGGGGUGUGGAUGAUGGUGGUGUUGACGACGAUCAGCAAUGA